UGAAGAGGAGAGGAAGAAGUAAGUUGGCCGAGAGAGAGAGAGAGAGAGAGAGAGAGAUGUCAUGUGACUUUAGGGCCUCCAUAAGCUUACAAAAACUAGAGAACAAAAGUCUUUAUGCUCUCUCUCUCUCUAUAACUAUAGUUAGUGUGAUUAUUGGAGAGAGAGAGAGAGUGAGUGAGAGGUAGAGAGGAACCCACCUCAGUUUCGGUUCCUAAAGGGGGGAGAGAGAGGGAUUUUGGAAAGAAGAAAGAAAGAAACUCAGAGAAGAAAGAAGAGGAAGAAACAGAAAGAAGGAGAAGCUGCUGCUGCUGCUGCUGUUGACGAUGAUGAUGAGAGAGAAAGGUCGAGAAGAAAGAAGGCAAGGAUGAUGCCAACUGCUGCUGCUGCUGCUGCUGCAAAAUUUACAGAGAGAAGAAAUAUAUGUAUAUAUAGAUAGAUAGAUAGAUAGAUAGGUGCCUGGCCUGGCUGGUGGAAAAGAGAGAAGGGGGGUCGUUAUUGCUGCAUUUUCUAUCUCUUUCUUUCUCGCCCUUCUGUUAUCACUGGCCAAGAAGCUCAGAAGUCCCUCUCUCAAAGAAACUUUUUCAUCAGAAAAGCAAGUGACAGUGAUUGGAUUUUGUUCAAGCCGCCGGGAAUUGGAAGAAUCAUCACCACCACCACCACCACCACCAACACCAUCAUCAUCAGCUUGCAGCUGUGGCUACUACCAGGAGGCUGCCCUCGGAUUCCGGCGCUUUUGCAGACUGGGUGGCUUCCACCUCUUCCUCAUCCGCCGCCCGCGCCACCGAAGACCUCUCCCUCGGCUUCAAUGCCACCCCCGCCGCCGGUGCCUCCGCCACCGGGGCUGGAAUGUGGCCCUCUUCCUCCGCCGCCGCUGCUCCCCGCCAAAUCAACUACGGCCUCCCAUCUGAGAUGGGCAUGGUGGGCCUCCGCGACGUCUUCGUCGUCGCCCCGGCCUCGUCCUUCCACCACAAUAGCCAGCACGAUCCCAUUAUUUCCGAUCCUCACGCAAUCAACGGCUCCAGCGCCGCCACCGCCCUUGGUGUCGGCGUCGGGGUCGGCGUCAUUCCUCUCCUUACUGCCGCUCCGUGCCUCGCUCCGGCGAACAUCGGAGUCGAGGAGGAUAUGCUGAACGCCAAUCGCGGUCGAAGUAGCGGAAUUCAUCUUUGGCAGAACCAACAGUCAACCCAACAAUCAAAUUACCUGAAAAAAUCCAUGCUUUUCGAACACAGCUCCCAGGCAAAUAUGCUGCACGGAAGCGGCGGCGGCGGCGGGAUUGGUGGCUCAUCGAGCUCCGCAACGACGUGCCAAGACUGUGGAAAUCAGGCCAAGAAAGAUUGCAGCCAUCGCCGGUGCAGAACUUGUUGCAAAAGUAGAGGCUUCGAUUGCGCUACCCACGUCAAGAGCACUUGGGUUCCGGCCGCCCGCCGCCGCGAGCGUCAGGUCAUCGCGGCAACGGCUGCUGUCGCCGGGUCCUCCGGUUCCAACUCCGGCGCCAAGAAACCUCGACUCGUCGCCUCUCAAACCACCACCACUUCCCAUACCUCAACCUCGAACACUCCUCCUCGGAGCUUCGAUACCAGUUCUAGCCACCAAGAUGCAAGUUUCAAAGAGUCGUUACCAGGCCAAGUACGCGCCCCAGCUGUGUUCAAGUGUGUUCGAGUUACAGCAGUGGACGAUGGUGAUGACGAAUACGCAUAUCAAGCCGUUGUAAAGAUCGGCGGCCAUGUCUUCAAGGGAUUCCUCUAUGAUCAAGGGGUUGAAGAAAGAGAUGCCUUCCCCAAUAUCUCCGAGCUACAUUUGGGUGGCGGCGGCGGCAGGAAUGGGGCAUCGUCGUCCUCCCCAAUUCUCGAUCCCUCCGACGUUUACGCCGCCUCCGGCGGAGGAUUGCUCGGAGGUUCCAGCUAUGGUAACCAAAUAAACUUAUAAUUCCUUUCUGGGUCUAUGGCCAUGUUACAAAAAGAAACAAAAAAACACACCUCAGAGGUUACAUUGUAGUCUAAAUUUCUCCACUGUCUACUAAUUAUCAAUAGCUUUGAGGUAAAAUUUUUCUUGUUGCAGUGUAUUUAAUUAACACGUCUCGAUUCCGGUCAUAUAUUUUCUUCUUUCGUACA